AUGAAGAAUGAUAGAACGAAUAAAGAACCAACAACGUGGUCGAUUUGUAAUUAUUUCUGGGAAAUAAUUGGAUCACUAGUUUGCUUAUUAUGCGGAAUCAUCUACGUUUACAUUGUCAGAAAUAUACAUGAGGCUAGAAUGUUCUUCACAGGAAUCACUGAGGUGGAAAGAGAGAUCUCCUUUAGAACGGAGAAUGGAUUGUAUUAUUCAUAUUACAAACAAUUGAUACAAUCACCUUCAUUGCUGCAAGGUGUUUAUGAUCUGACUCACGAUCGUUUGACGGAACAUCCUCAAGCAAUAAAUGUGUUAGCACGAAUGAAUGUCUAUCAGGAAGUUGUACUGGCCGCUAUUUAUAGGAAUGUUCCUUUUAUUUCUUCUUACAUGGAACCUGUAUUUUUCUACAUCUACGUCGUAUUUUUCCUGCAUGGAUUGAUGAUUUGUUCCUUGUUUGUUAUGACCUGGGUUCUCUCUGGCACCUGGUUGGCGGGUGUCCUCACCUUUCUCUUCUACCUCAUCAACAGCGCUGAUGUAACGAGAGUCGAGACUUACAUGCCUCUCCGUGAGAACUUCUCCCUGCCGUGUUUGUGGAUGCAGUUGCUCGCCAUCACUCUUUAUUUCCAGUCUGAUUCAUCACCCAAACUUAAGAAUUUUUAUGAGAAAACCAUAUCAAUUACGACAUUCCUGUUUGCUCUGAUGUGGCAGUUCAAUCAAUUUGCAUUACUCUUACAAUGCAUGGCUCUGUUUGGCUGCCAGGUACUUCACGUGGUCAACAAAAAAAAGAUUUUGCACGUGUAUAUCAGUAUUUUCAUCUCAAUGCUAGUCGUCAGUUUCUUGCAGUUUUUCAAUACGAUGAUUCUCAGUGGAUUUUUACUAAGUUUCAUACUGGCAGCAUUCACUAUUAUGUAUUUCCAGUCAACAGUCCAGACGACAUGUCGUUGGUUCUUCAAAUUGUUCUGGAUGGUUUUCAACGUUAUCGCCGUGUUUGUCGUCGCAUCAUUCAUCAACGCACUAACCAAGUUAAUAUUUCAACAAGAAUCUGAUGAACAUAUAAAUCGAUUUGUCCUGGCCAAAUUUGGAUUCUCUUCCUUAGUAGACUUUGAUGUCCGUCUAUAUUUAUGCAAUGGAGGAUUCACAUUUCUCUCGUGGGACUAUGCGGAGAGGUUGCUGGUGAAUAUGGUCCUUCCACAAUACAUUCUUGUACAUCUCGUCUUGCUGAUAUUACUCUUGAUAACCUCUAUCAAUAUUUUAUUCAGCGCUAAAACUGAAAACAUCGAUUCUUUAAUUGAAACUUCAAAGACUGGCGAUUCCAACUUUUCAUUUUCGAAUUACAUUCUUAAACCAGAGUACUCAUAUCACUCAAUUCAAAUGGUAUUUUUUGGAGCUGUGAGUAUCAUAGCUAUGCGCAUGAAAUACUUCUGGACUCCAUACAUUUGUGUGUUUGCAUCGGUGUGUCUUUUCAAACACCAACCUUGGGCUCUGCUAGUCAAAAAAAUAUUUUCAAAUCAAAAGGAUGCAGGCAGAAAGUUAAUACCACUCGAAAAAUGUUUAUUAAAUUGUUUCAAAAACGUAAGAGAAGAAAUAAACAAUUUGAGGGAAUUUUACGACCCAGACACCGUUGAAUUGAUGCAUUGGAUCAAGUCUACAAACCCCGGAGACUCUUUUUCAGGGAGCAUGCAGUUGAUGGCCGCAGUUAAACUGAGCACGGGCCGCCCGAUUACAAACCACCCCCACUAUGAAGAUAAAGGCUUGAGGCUUAAAACUAAAGAUAUUUACAAGUAUUACGGUAGAUACAGUGCCGACGAAGUUCAUGAAACUCUGAAAAAAUAUCAAACAAAUUAUAUUAUCAUGGAGGACAGUAUUUGUUUGGUGCCACUGAGGGAUGGCUGCGGACUUCCUUACAUUAUGGACAUGGAAAAUGGAUGGGAACUCGAACAGACCAGUCUCAAGCUAGUUUACAAGUUGAAUGACACGAAUAUUCAUCCACGAUUUUGUGAAAAAGUUAGAUACCAGGAAGAAUCAUACAAAAUGUUUUUCAAACUUGUUUUUGAAAAUAAAACAUUUAAAAUUUAUUUGGUUCUUUAG